CGACAGUUCCAUUUGGCAAUGUGAACGUAUGAUUCGCCCUGGAGCACAAACGGUCAGCAACCAGAAACAACAACGAAUUCAGCACGUGCGACUUGCAUGUUCAGGUACACGUGCACGCUUCUCACGCUUCCAGCCACCGCGCCCAUCGUCUCCCCCACAAUGCGCUGGGCCGCGUCCGCCUGGACCUGCGCGAUCAUCGUGUUCGAGGCGAACCCGUACGAGUCGAGGCGGAACCCCGGCCCGCGGCCGUGGCAGUCCUGGACCGUCCCCCCGCACGUGGAGCUGUUCGCCUGGCACGGCAUUCCGUCGUAGGGCUGCCCGGGCGACUCGCAGAACGCGCCGAGGGUGUUGGGCGAGGUGUCCCCGACGUUGGCCUGCGCGAAGCCUGCGAUGAAGGAUUGGUUGCCUGGCAUCGCGGUCGGGUUGAUCCGCGCUGUGUUUUCGUUAGUGACGGCUACAGAAACAUAGCAAAUCGGAGGACGCACAUUCAUACAACUUGAACACGGACGAUGUGCACAAUGGACCCCGCACCUCGUAGAUGCUCGUUCCAUGCACGGGGAACCAGCUGAUGAACCCACGGCUUCCAAAGUUCAGCAAGCUCAUGAAUUUGUCCUGGUCCCCGCCUUGUGCCACGUAUUGCGCCCGUUCCGCCGCCGGAUUCGCCAGAUACGCAGUGGGGCUGCGAUUGAUGUUCCCGCCGACGACCGUCGUGUUCCCCAAGCCCAGCGUCCCCGGCGCCAGCGAGUCGUGCGCGCGCACGAUGGCCAGGACGACGCCCGCGACGAUCGCGUCGUAGCUCUGCUUCACGAACCCGAGCGCGGUCAGCUGCGGGAGGAGGUUCUCGAGGUACCCGCCGACCCCGGAGUGCUGGUGCGUGCUCGAGAUCGCGACGUUCUGCGCCGUGUAGAGCCCGCCAUAGCGCGUCUGCAGCUCCGCGAGGAUCGCGCGCCGGAUGCCCGUGUCGCCCAUGGCGAUGUCCGCGUUGACGAACACGACGCGCGAUGCCGCGGUGUCCGCGGCGGACUCGCCGACGAUCCACGCGCGCGCGCGCUGCCGCUGGUGCAGCCCCGUGUCCGUCUGCGCGAGUGACGCGUAGCCCAUCAUGUUCGUCUCCACGACGGGCCCCGUCACGUCCGCAAUGCCCAGGCCGAGCAGGUACGUCGUCGGCGCCGCGUGGGCGCAGAGCGCGCUCAGCAGCGCCGUCAGCGCGGCGGUCGUGAGCUUCAUAGUGGAUGAUGUGCUGGGGCGGUGGUUGUUCGCUGCCUUUGGAUGCGGAUGCGCGGCUACGAUACACUUAUGAUCACUGUGCUUAUCGGGAUAUCAGAGAUUACAUGUCUUCCACGCACGCGGAACGUCGUCCACUUGUCGGUCGAUCCUCCCUACUUUAUGUCUAUCGCAUUCCAUUCGGACUGCCCUUUUGUCCAGUGUCCUGUGCCCUAUUACCCUCCCCGAACCACGAGUCGACUAGAUUGUAUGCAUGUGCUGCCCCCCACCCUUCGACGAGCUUCUCUGGCCACGAGGGGGAGCUCUAGAAGACUCGCCGCCGCGAUAGAUAAA